AUGUCGUUGAGUUCUUCAAAGGAACUGGAAGUUAAGAGCACCGCAAAACCAAACUGGCUUCAACUUCCAACAGAUGUUACUGCUGACAUACUCUUUAGGCUUGAUACCUAUGAAAUAAUGAAGAAUGUACGUAAUGUGUGUCCUCUUUGGUGGAAAAUUUGCAAGAACCCUAUCAUGUGGCAAACCAUUUACAUGGGCAAUUUCGAUCGCGUCUGUUUACCACAAUAUCAAAUUUUGGAACUUGGAAUGAAGCUUCCACUCUUAGAGGAGCUUAACAUUUCUAUAACUGUUUGGAAUGGAUAUUGUCUUCCUAUAAAACUUAAGACAUUUCACCAGCUACCAAGUGAAAUCACUGACAAGUGUAAUGCUGAUCCGUUCGCUAUUGCAAAAUCGAUGCCUGGAUUACGUCGUCUUAAUAUUAGUGGACAUCCAAUGUACCAGGGUUGCUUGCUAUUCUUGAUGGAUGUCCUCGUCUUGAAUCUCUUAACCUUAGCGGAUGUUUCAAUCUUAAAUUUAGUGAAAAUUUGGAGAAAAGGUGUCGCGAACAGAUCAAAGAAUUAG